AUGGCUCCUCAUGCCUUACAAGAAUCAUUAUCUUCUUUAAAUAAGAAUGGAGAAAGUUCAAGCUUUAUCGGCUCAAAUAUUUCAAGUAUAAUUCAAUCAAAUCCAUUUGGAAUAACAACUGAUCCAACCCUGAUAAAAGGAGUUAGUUACACGUCUGCUACUACCAUUAUAAAUCAAGCUAUAUACUCUAUUGCUUCUAAAAUAUUCAGUUACGAAACUAUUGGUGUUGAAAAUUUAAUUGAUUCAUAUAUUCAACUUUGGUUACAUAAUCAACAACCAAAUGCAUUCGAAAUUGUUCCAUUUUAUAAUAAAUUUGAAGUCAGAUCAGGUGCUUCAAAUGCAAUUUUGGGUUACUUUAAAAAAAAUGGUACGAAUGGUCAACCAGUUUCAGCUAUUGUUGGGGCAAAUGGUAUUGAUUAUAUGAGAAAUUCAUUGUAUGGACAAAAUGCUCCAUUAUCCUUAAAUGUUUCUGCUAUUGAUUUUGUUGAUGAUUCAUUAGUAUCAAAUUAUGGCAGAGUAUUAAAUGUUGCAAGAGAUUUGAAUUUUCCAGUUUUUACACCUUUAAGUUUUAGUAAUGAAAUACAACAUUUAGCAAUUUUAAAUCAUUUUUAUGCUUUUCUUUCAGGUAAACCGUCAAUAUUUUUGUUUGAUGGUAUCGAGUUUUCAAAAGAGUUCAGAAAAUUUGACGACUUGAUAUCUGUUAAGGAUAUUGGACAAUUAUAUCAAAAUUUAUUAGACUCGGCCUCAAAUUUAGACAGCUCGAUUGAUAAUGCUUUUAGCUUAUUGAGUAAAGUUACUGGUAAAAACUACUCACAAUUUGAAUACCUCGGUAAUGAAAAUGCAAAGACAGUUUUUGUUGUUUAUGGAACAUACAUCAGUGAGCAAUGGAAAAAUUUGGUAAAUGAUGAUUUUGGAUUAAUUCAAAUUAGAGUUCCAGUACCGUUUAAUCAAGAAAAAUUUUUAGCAAUUGUUCCUGAUUCAACUAGUAAAUUGGUAGUUUUAUCCACUGAAAAUGAUCAAUUAAAAGCAGAUUUAAGUGCUUCUUUAUUUUUGGGUAAUAGAUAUCAUUCCCUUAGUAUUGAAGAGUUUAAAUAUCCUCACAAUUUCAACUGGACUCGAAUUACAAUUGCCAAAACAAUCAACAAAUUUGAUAAAAAUAUUGACAUUGAUAAAUUGUUAUCAAAACUGGCCAAUCAAAGUGGUGUUAAAGAUGAAAUUCUUAAUGCAAACUCCUCACCUGAAGGAAGUUAUUUGUUUUGGGGUAGAGACAAUACAUUGGUCGUUGAUACUGCUGAUAAAUUAGCACUUUCUUUGUCUUUAGAUAAUAGCAAAAAUGUUGCUAUUAGAAAUAAAUACGAUAAUUCCAAAUCAGGAGGAGUUUUCCAAUCUCAAUUAAUCUCAACCAAUGGGGAAUACGCCUCGGUUGAUGCUGCUGAUGUUAUUUUAAUCGAAGAUAUUUCUCUUUUAAAUUCAUAUGACAUUUUAGCUACUGUCAAGCCUGGUGGUAAAGUAAUCUUGGUUAAUAAUAAACAACAAAUUGAUAUUGAAAAAUUACCAAUUGAUUUCAAGAAGACUUUAGCCUCGAAUCACAACAAAUUAAUUAUUGUUGAUUUCACUGUUGUCGAUGCUUUAGAUGAAACAAAUAACGGAACAAAAGGAUUGACUGCUGAACUUUUACUACAAUUAGCAUUUUGGAGAGCAACAUUACCAGAAUUAGGUAAUUUUAUUGUGAAUAAAUUAUUACAAGCCAAUGGAGGAUCAUUUGAGUUACUAGCUACUGUAUUAGAUAAUUUCAUUAAAGCUGCUGAUCAGAAAAAAGCAAUUGUGGAUAUCGAGGUUUCACCAGAAUGGGAAAAUUUAACACAAGAGGUUGAGAACAAAGAUGAAAAAAAUCAAGCUAAAGAGCAAUCGGACGUGAAAGAUAUAAAUCAAAAUGGUUCGACAGAGGUACCAGAAGAAGAAACAGAACCACUUCCAUUUUUCAUUAAUGAAAAUUCAUUAAUUGCCAAUCCUCGAGUUCCAAUUGAGAAAUCAGAAGAAGUCAAUAAUACCUUUUAUAAUAGUAUUGCUCAAAAAAUUGCUUUCUCAGAUGCAUUUAAUGUCAAGAAAGAUUUAAGACCUGAUUUACCAGUUAAAAAUUUUGUUGUUAAAGUUCAAGAAAAUAAAAGGUUAACACCAACAGAAUAUUCAAGAAACAUUUUCCAUAUUGAAUUUGACAUAACUGGAACUGGUUUGAGGUAUGAACUUGGUGAAGCUUUGGGUAUCCAUGGUAGAAAUAACUCCGAAGAAGUUGAAAAAUUCAUCAAAUUUUAUGGACUUGAUGGUGAUUCAUUUAUUGAAAUGACCAAUAAAGAAAACUUUAAAUUAAAUGAAAUUAGAAGUGUUAGACAAAUUUUAUCAGAAUCAAUUGAUUUCUUGGGUAAACCACCGAAAAGAUUUUAUGAAGCUUUAGCAGAAUUUGCAACAGAUCCAAAAGAAAAAGAACAAUUAACAAAAUUAGGUAGUAGUGAAGGUGCUGAAGAAUUGAAAAAGAGACAAGAUGUUAAUUUCGAUUCAUACUUUGAUAUUUUGGAGGAAUUCACUACAGCAAGGCCAACUUUUGAUGAACUAGUUAAAAUUAUUGCACCUCUAAAAAGAAGAGAAUAUUCAAUUGCAUCCUCUCAAAAAAUGCAUCCAAAUUCUGUUCAUUUGUUAAUUGUCGUUGUUGAUUGGAUUGAUCCAAAAGGUAGAUUAAGAUAUGGUCAUUGUUCUAAAUAUUUAUCAGAUUUGAAAAUUGGUGAUGAAUUAGUAGUUAGUGUUAAACCAUCAGUUAUGAAAUUACCUCCAUCACCAAAGCAACCAAUUAUUAUGUCCGGUUUAGGUACUGGUUUGGCACCAUUCAAAGCUUUCUUAGAGGAAAAAAUUUGGCAAAAGCAACAAGGUAUGGAAAUUGGUGAAAUUUAUCUUUUUAUGGGUUCAAGACAUAGAAAAGAAGAGUAUCUUUAUGGAGAAUUAUGGGAAGCCUAUAAGGAUGCUGGUGUUUUAACUCAUAUUGGUGCUGCUUUUUCAAGAGAUCAACCACAAAAAAUUUAUAUUCAAGAUAGAAUUAGAGAAUCACUUGAAGAAUUAACAGAUGCAUUUGUUAAUAAAAAGGGAGGAUUCUAUCUUUGUGGUCCAACUUGGCCUGUUCCAGAUAUUACCCAAUGUUUAUCAGACAUUUUAAUUAAUGCUGCUAAGAAAGUUGGUGAAGAAAUUAAAGAUGUUGGUAAAUUAAUCGAAGAUUUGAAAGAAGAUGGUAGAUAUAUUUUAGAAGUUUAUUAA